GUAAAGCAAACAUAUUUGAAUGCGCGUUUGUUUGCAACAUAUCUUGAUCCUAUAAAAAAUGACUGUAAUUAGAAAUAAAUAUAAUUCGAUUAAUUUUUUUAUUCUUCUCUUUUUAUUAUUUUCGUGAUUCAAGAGCUACAAUGUCUGAAUCGACUAGGAUGACGUAGGUCGCCGCAAAGAGAGGACUUUGGAUUUCUUAUUUGUCAAGAAGAAUCUGAUCACAUCUUAAUCUUUAAUAUUUUUUGAUUUUAAGUAAGAUCUUAUAAAUUUUUAUUUUGAAAAAUGUAUUCGACUGUUUUAGAAAUUGUUAACGUUAUACUAUCAGCAGCAUAUAGUUAUCUUAUAGAGAAUUAAGUCGUUUUUAUCUAAUUGAGUGUAUUGAUUAGAAUAUUAUUGUCUACUCAUACUAUUUCAAUAUCACUUUCAAUUUGUAAAACAAGUCUUCAAUGUUGGAAUGAGUCUUUUGUCUUAAUAAUGCCAAAGAAAAUAAAUACUUUUUUAGCUUUUUAUUGUUGUGCGAGAUAUGCGGUGAGGCACUCUAAAUGAUUUGCAUCAUGGUCAUCGUAUCAAAAUCACUUUUAUUUAUUAUGUUCAGUGUCAAUAUUGUACGUUUUACUUUGCCCGUGCUUCAUUGGCUUUACCCAAAAGCUCGAAUUAUAGAAUAUCUAUAAGAGGUGGCUCAUGGCUGUGCAGUGUACAGUGAGUGUCGUUUACUGGCUCUCAGUAACACCCAAAAAAUGUUCAACUUUAUACUAUUUCAUAUUUAUGUCUACAAUCACUCCAUCGGCCCCACAGAUUAUUACUUUGAUUUCCUAUACAAUUUGGCUUCUUUCUUUAAAAUGAAACAACGACAGAAAAUAAAUAUAUUCGGACUUGGCAUAAACAUUAUUUAGUUACGUAUUUGGCAUAAAAAUCAAAUUAGAUCCAUACACCUUUAAAAAAAAGAAAAAAAAAGACAUAACAUGUCAUUACUGGAGGCAUAAUUGUGUUAUUUAUUAUCUCUUUUCCAACAAAUAUAUACAUUGUGCGAGACUAAUGCAUACAAAAUCAUUGGUUUGGUUACUGUCACGAGUUCCAAGAUUAAUUAUUAUGCAAACAAAACCUUUUUGGAUUUUUUUUACUAUAAAGUAUCGAAAGCAAAGAAGUAUUUCCACUAUCUCUUAAACACAGUCUAUAUUGUUCAACUCUUAUCAAUACCCACUGUUCAUUGACAUGGAGUAAGAUGACGACUUCCUUCAAUAACAAUGUAAGUGAUAAAGAAGCUCAGCACUCGUGCUUCGAAGAAUGGAUGGAGCUCCAACAACAAGACCUCUUGGAGCUUAUUCACAAUUCCGACUCCUCGUCAUCGUCCAGCACCUCUAACACUAGCGCCAGCAGUGACUUCAACCUAAAACAACUCAUUGAGAAAUCCAUCAAACACUUCCAAGAAUACAUUGACACCCGCAGACAUUUGGCGUGUAGUGAUGUCACUGCCUACCUUGCACCAACUUGGUGCACCACGCUAGAAAGCUCCAUGCUUUGGAUCUCCGGAUGCAGGCCUUCCAGUUACAUCCGUCUCCUUUAUGCGAUGAGUGGCAAAGAAUUUGAAUCCCAUCUCUCCAACUAUCUCCAAGGCAAUAGAUCCGGACACCUCAGCGGGCUCUUGACCGUGCAGCUGAACUCAGUGGAUGAGUUACAGAGGAAGACAAUAAGGCAAGAAGAUCAGUUAUCAAAUAAGCUCGCCAGCUUGCAGGAGGAGAUAGCUGAUCAGCCAUUUGCCAUUAUCGCCAAUGAAGUGGGAAAUCCUGGUGAAAUAUGUCGUGAAGCAGAGGAGGCCCUUGAUAGACAUGCUAAGUUUUUGGUGAAUGUUGUAGAAGAAGCUGAUAAGCUGAGGAUGGUGACUUUGAAGGAGCUGAUCAACAUACUGAGUCCACUUCAAGCUGUGGAUUUUCUCAUAGCUAGCAAGAAGCUCCAUCUUUGUGUCAAUGCUUGGGGUAAAAAAAGAGAUCAUCAGCAUGGGAGGAACAGAGAAACAAAACAAGAGAGGAACACAUGUCCAACUUUAUCUGGUCUUAAAAAUUAAAAUAAGGGAGUUAAACCGCUUAUGUUAUAUAGAAUAAAUGUUUUGUUAUUACUAAGUCGGCAUUAUUUUACCACUUCUUUCCAAUCUUUUAUGUUCUAGUGAAACUACCGAUGAAGCUUAAAAAGACGUUGAUCUACAGCAAUAACUUUCUUAACAUUUGAAUCUUAAAAUAGAGAGGAAAGUAGUUUCUUUGACGGGAAAAUAACAAUGAUCAACUAACAUCGACUAACAACACUUAACCUUCAAUUAAUCAAAUUCUAUGAUUUUGAACCAAUCACUAACAGAAGUCCAAAACAGUAACAAACAUUUUAAUCCUAUGAAGCGCAAAACUGGGUGUCACAACGCCUAGAUGAAAACAUAAAUCACUAAGGAAGUAGGAAAAGAUCCAGGGGUUGCCUGAGGCCCUGAGAGCCGGGAUGCUUGCCCUUGAAGAUGAAGUAAACAUGGUCGUGGGUAUGAAUGAACACUUUGCCCUAAUUGGUUGGGGGUACGCAGGAGCUUAGUAGUUGCUAAGACGUUCAAAAGUUGGACAUUUCUGAAAUUGACAUUCCCCAAUGUGGGGAUAAACUUGAAACACUUGCACACUUUCAAAAAUUGUCGAGAAUAGAGAAAACAAUAUGACAAGGCAAGGAGUAGCAGAAACAAAAUUGUUCAUCUUUGCAUACAUGUAUAUUUGUAUACAGAAUUCAAGUUUUAUCUACUGAAACUACAAAAAAAAUUCUUUUACACCAUUAGUGCACUCUUACUGAUCCAAACUGUUGUCCACUAUCUUUUGUAAGUUACAAACUAAUACACACUGCAUUCACUUGCUCUCACAUAGACAUUUAAGUGUUCUAAACUUCCAUGUAAUAAUUAAUAUACAGUUAGUGCAUGAAACUUAAAACUGUUAUCUUAUAUUAUGGGAGCAAAUGAAUCAACACUCUGAAGAUAACAAUUCCCUACACUCGAAGAUGCCCAAGAUUUGGUAGAAAUCUAUUAAAUGUAUGUGUGCAGUGCAGUUUCAGUUUAAAUUGGAAUUGAAUCUGUUUCUUCAUGCUCUCUAUAUCCUAAAGCACAGUUUUUCAACAAAAUAGCUUCUUUCACUUCAUAAAAAAUCCAGAAAACAAACUGCAAUACAUGGAUAUGCAGUUCGAAAAGUAUUGUUUGCAACAAGUGAUUUUCAAUAAUAAAUAAAAUUCAAAACUAAUCAAUGCACAUAAAUCGAAAUCCAGCAAACUUUAGGGCUUACAUCGAAGGAGUAAUUCGGAAGAAGCAGACCUGUUGCGUAUGAGCAGAUAGAGAGAGAGAGCUGUAACAAUGGCAGUCCGCAGCAGCAUUAGAAAAAUGUUUGUAAGAAAAUAGAGAUACCGAAAAGGGAUUGAGGAAGAACGGGUUGGGUUUUUGGGCCUGCCUUUUUCUUUCAUUACUGAUAUUAAUGAUAAUUUAAUUUUAUUAUUAUGUAUAGUAAUAUUAUGAACUUGCAAUAAAUCAAAAGACAUUAAGCAUGCAAGAAAACCGUAUUAUGA